CAUCAAACACUCUGAUUUCCGCCUCUCCACAUUCGCUCUCGCAGUCUCUCUCUCUCUAAACCCUCCCCAAACCCUAGCCUCAUCGUCCCUCGCCUUCCAAUCCAUGGAGUUUUGGGGUGUUGAAGUCAAGGCAGGACAGCCUCUGAAAGUAAAACCUGGCGAUGAUAAGCUCAUACAUCUUUCACAGGCAUCUCUGGGUGAGUCUAAGAACAAGGCAAAUGACUCCGUUCCUCUGCACUUGAAGUUUGGUGAUCAGAAGCUUGUCUUGGGAACUCUUUCACAAGAGAAAUUUCCUCAGCUAUCUUUUGAUUUGGUUUUUGAGAAGGAGUUUGAGCUCUCUCACAACUGGAAACAAGGGAGUGUCUACUUUUGUGGUUACAGAGCUGAUUCUCCUGAUGAGGAGGAUCAUGAUGAAUUUGAUACUGAUUCAGAGGAUGAUGAGGAGAUUUUGCCAUUGAGCAACGCAGAGAAUGGCAAGGCUGACUCAACAAUUGCAACUAAAAGUGCUUCUGUCAAGCCUGAAUCUUCUGAAAAGUCAGUUAAACUUGUAGAACCAAGCAAAGAUGAUGAGGACGAUGAUUCUAUUGAUCAGGAUAUGGAUGAUGACAGUGAUGAUGAGGAUGACAGUGAUGAUGACGAUGAACUUGGUAUUGAGAGUGAUGAUGACUCUGAUGAGGAGCCUGAAGAAACCCCUAAGAAGGCCGAAAAGGGCAAGAAGAGGACUUCUGACUCUGCCUUGAAAACACCUGUUCCUACCAAAAAGGCAAAACAGGCUACUCCUCAAAAGACAGAUGGUAAGAAGGGUGUUCAUACAGCAACUCCUCAUCCUUCCAAGAACGCUGGCAAGACUGCUGGCAACAGUGAGCAAUCCAAGGGUACUCCAAAAUCUGGUGGCCAAUUCGCUUGCAAAUCCUGCAUCAAGACUUUCGGCUCGGAAGUUGGGCUUCAGUCUCACACAAAGGCAAAGCAUAGUGCCAAUUAGAACAACAUUUGCUGGUGUAGCAUGUUUCUGGAUUCUUUCGUGAGAUGGAUGAAUUAUAGAGUUGAGUGUUAUUAGAUUUUUGAAUAGUACACAUGAUAGGGGAUCAUCUAGUAGAUUAUCGUGUCUCUGGAGAUUUCAAUCGGUUUCGGAAUUCAUUCCACCCGUAAUUUGCUUCUUUCUUGAACCUUUUAAAGGAAGUGAUUUUGUCGUUUA